AUGCCCAUCUUCGCCUUCACUGCUGGAUCUUUGGACGAUAUCAUCACAGUCAUCACUCUCGCAACACAAAUAGCCAAGGUCCUUGCCGAGAGUACCGACUCGACGAACGAACACAGAUUCCUCGCUGCCGAGCUCACGACGUUCACUGAUACCCUCAGGAUUGUUCGUCGUGAGCUUGAGUCACCUACUCUCAGUAACUCGGCGAGGCGUGCUCUGAUGCAGUCAGUAUUGAGUUGUAAAGAAAUCCUUUCAGAGAUGGAGCAAAAAACGAUGAGUGUUAGAGGAUUCAGUGGACAAGAACCGAGUGUGCGGUGGGUUCUGUUUAACAAAGAGGAGGUGGAAGAGUACAAGAGGAGGCUUUCGUCGCAGUGGGCGUGCAUGAACACCAUUCUCGAGGCUUCAAACAGGUGCUGUGCAAUCCGCCAGACAACGUCUUCCAUCGAGAAUACUGCCAUCGGAAUAGCUCAAUCCACCUCGUCCAUGCACGCCACCAUCCUCGACAUUGCUCAAUCCAUCGCCGUCUUCCAGAACCUAUUCCUGCGCCAUAUCCACAACGUCGCCGAUCCUGUCGACCUUCAAUCAUCUCUAUUCUUCGUUGACCUCCUCGGAGAGAAAAACGUCGUGCCAAUGAACUUCUGUGAAUCCGAAGAGCUUUGUAUCUCCAAGCCCUAA